CGGCGCGGGGCCGCCCGCUGCGGGGUGGGAGCGCGGGAGGCGGCGGUGUUGCCUUCGGGCCGGGCCGCCCCUGGCGGAGGGCGCCGGGUGAGCGCCGCUUUGUGCUGUUUCGCUGCAGGGAAGAUGGCCUCGCGGCGGAUCACGCGGGAGACGUUCGAUGCUGUGGUGCAGGACAAAGUUAAGAGGUAUCGCGUGGACAGGGGCGAUGCUCUGGAAGAGACGAUGCAUCAUUUCAAAGAUGACUGUGUGAGUUUGCAGCAGAUGUGACCUGCUGUUCAGCCGUGGGAUCUGGACACUGGCUGUGAGAACAGCGUGUGCAUGCUUCUGACUUCUUGCAUCAGAGGAAUCUCUGUGGAAACGUUAUGUACACGACAUUGAAAUCCUUCUAGACAGAAAGUAGCGAGCAAGAGGAAAAGAAGCUUUAUGGCAGAACUUGUGUUUCAGAUUUAAUAAACUGCUUUGUAAUGUCUCAUUCAAGGCCAGUCCCAAGACCUAGAUAUGAAGACAGUUUUCAUGACGACGGGAGAUAUGACGAAGCCCAGCAUCAUUCACACGAUGACUGGACUGAGAACCCCAGAGACGAGUAUCCAGGACCUUCUUACAGAUCUGCAAGCCCUCUCAUAAGGAAAGCUAACUACUACCACGAACAGUUUGGCCACCCAGCGUCUCGUGACCGGGAGUUUGGCCACCUAGCAUCUCGUGACCGGGAGUACGGGCAUCCAGCUGCGCGGGACCGGGAGUAUGGGCGCCCAGCAUCUCGUGACCGGGAAUACGGGCGCCCGGCUCCUCGUGGCCGGGAAUAUGGGCACCCGCUGCCUCGCGACCGGGAGUACGGGAGCCUGGCUUCUCAUGAUCAGGACUACGGACAUCCUGACUCUUGGGAAGCUGCUGGACCACACGAAACUGACUUUAGUUCUUCAGAUAUUUUAGGUGAUUUUAGAUCACCGGGACUCAUGGAAGAUGAAUAUGGCAACAUGGAAAAUCAGGAGUAUGAUGUAGACUUUGGAAUUCAAUCUGACACCGAGUUCCGACCCCCAGUACAGAGGGGCAGUGUCGGCAGGGGAAGAGCCCUGCGAGGAAAGCGUAUUGCAAGGGGCACCGCUAAAGUUAAGCUGUUCAAAGGAGACAUCAAAACUCCCCUAAAGAAAUGGAACGUUAAAAAACCGCAGCCAGGCCCUGAUCAGAAGCCAACUGUGCAACCUGAUCAAAUGCCAGACACUGCUGACCGACCUAACCAGAGGCCGGUGGCCGUCCAGCGCCCUAAUCAGAAGCUGCCCCCACGACCUAAUCAGAGGCCGGCUAUAGCAACCCCAGGACCUCUUCUCAGGCUCCCAAAGCCCGCACAUGUUUUCAGAAAUCUCAAUUUUGACCUUGUGGACAAGUCUGACAUUUUUUCAACGUUUGGAAUACAGAUCAUAAAGUGGGCUGGAUUUCACACAAUAAAAAAUGAUGCGGAAUUUUCCCGACUCUUUGGAGCUCUCUUUGAGCUGGAGACAGAAACCUGUGCAAAAAUGCUCGCUUCGUUCAAAUGCUCCUUAAAGCCAGAACACAGAGAUUAUUGCUUCUUUACUAUCAAGAGUUUACAACAUGCUGCUUUGAAAACUCCCAAGGUGGACAAUGAGUUUCUAAAUAUGCUGUUGGACAAGGGUGCUGUGAAAACAAAGAACUGCUUCUUUGAAAUAAUAAAGCCUUUUGAUAAAUACAUAAUGAGGCUGCAAGACCGCCUGCUAAAAGGUGUUACGCCUCUGCUCAUGGCCUGCAAUGCUUAUGAAUUAAGCAUUAAGACAAGCGGUUUUGGUAACCCCAGAGAAAUGGCGAGUGCUUUUGAGACCACUGUUUCUCUUUGUCGUAAGUCUUUAGCACUUCUGGGUCAGACCUUUGCAUUAGCAUCUGUUUUCAGGCAAGAGAAAAUACUUGAAGCUGUUGGGCUCCAGGAGAUGGCUCCAGCACCAACGCUGUUCCCAAACUUCGAUGAUUCGACGCUGUUUGGAAGAGAGUACAUCGAAAACUUGAAGGCUUGGUUGGAGAAAAGUGGGUAUCCAAUUCAGAUGAAAAAAACUGAGGCAGAGUCCACAGUCCAGCUUAAAAAACCCUCUCCUGACACAAAAGUUAAAAUCCCACAGCGAGCUGAUCGGAAAAUUGUAGAAACGAUUGACCAGCUCGUGAAUAGCAUUGUUUCAGGAACCUUGUCUGCCAAAGAGAGAAAUGCUCAAAAGAACUGUCCUGAAUAUUGGUUCUUGUCUGAUGAAGAUAGUCUAGAAUACAAAUAUUACAGACUGAAGUUGUCAGAGAUGCAAAGACAGACAUCGUCAGGAAAGGAAGCAGGUGGUGAGGGCAGAACACUAGAAGAAUCUGCAACAGAAUCAGUCAGGGCCAUGUUGUAUGCCAGGAAAGUCGCAAGUAUUAAGAGAAGGCUAUUCAAAAGGAAAAGGAUUGGAAUUAUUGCACAACGUGGAAUUCGAGGAAGGAAGGUGAGGAGAGCGACCAUAGGGACGCAGACUUUGCUUUCAGCUGGUACAGUGCUGAAACACCAAGAGAAGCAUCUUCAAGGUUCAGUGCAAUCAGAGCCUUCUGUAUCAGAAGCCAACGCGUCUGAGAAGAAUUCUUCUCUUGAUGCAACCUCAUCCUCACAGUGUGGCACCAGUUCAGAGGUCCCUCUGCCAUCAGAAGAAAGGAUAGAUUCAGAGGAGUUGUCGGCACCGUCUGAACUUUUCCCAUCGUUGCCCUGUCAGUUUCCUGAUGUGGAUGCUAAAACGAUGGAAACUGCUGAGAAGCUUGCCAAGUUUGUUGCUCAGGUAGGACCAGAAAUUGAGCAGUUCAGCAUAGACAACAGUGCAGAUAAUCCAGACCUUUGGUUUCUACAGGAUCGAAACAGUUCUGCUUUCAAGUUUUACCGAAUGAAGGUCUACGAGUUGUGUCCAUCUAUUAACUUCAGUGACGUGAAAGAAGCAACUGAUGCUGGGGAAGAUGCUAAACCUGAAGAGAGAAACUUGGAUAUUUCCGAGGAGGAGGAGGAAGAGGAGGAAGAAGAGGAGGAAGACAACGAGGAGGAAAUGGAGUUUGAGGAGGAUGUUUCCCGACCUUUGGAAGAAAUGGAGCAAGCUGAGGAGGGAGAAGAUGAUGAUAUCUCAGCAGGUAGAAGUGUGGAAAACCUUGCUGAAGAGACGAUUUCCAAAACAGGAGAGGAAAUUUCAACAGGUGAAACGCAGCUGGCUACGUCAUCUGAUGAUGCUACGCCCAAUCUGUCAACACAGGCAUCAGCUCCUGCUCCUGGAACCCUAUUUCCCCGCAAACGCAUCAGCAGCAAGUCUCUGAAAGUUGGUAUGAUUCCUGCAUCUAAAAGGAUAUGCCUCAUAGAAGAACCGAAAGUUCAUGAACCUGUCAGAAUUGCUUAUGAUAGGCCUCGUGGCUGCCCCGUUACAAAGAAGAAGAAGAAACCAAAAGAUUUAGAAUUUUCACACAAGAAACUGACAAACAGAAACGUAGGUUUCCAGAUGCUUCAGAAGAUGGGCUGGCAAGAAGGGCACGGCCUGGGUACACGAGGAAAAGGAAUCAGAGAGCCUGUAAAAGUGUAUGUAAUGGGAACAAACUACAGAAAUCUGACAGCUGUGGAACAGGCUGGGAUUCUAGUAGUAACUAUUUCUAUCUUAACCCUCCUUGAUGUGGCCAGUUCCGUGUUUUGUUUCCUUCUUGAUGUGGUCUUUGGCCUCAGCAAAGUAGAGCGUGGGGACUUCACGCGUUUUUCUGGGCAGGCUGAGCACAGUCUGCUCUGGAAGUUGGCUGUUCCUUGCUGUGCAGUUUGACAUCACUGAAGUUGCAGUGUGAACGCUGCAGCGCGUGGACGCUUUCUAAAGAUAUAUGGGUGCCCUUAUUAUUCAGGAGAUGUUUUUGUUUGGUGUAUUUAGUUUUGUUUUUUUUUUUAAUACCUACUGUCUUGGGGAUCUCCUUGCCAACAUGCUAGGUACGUAAGAUAUAAAUAGACUUUGGGAAUAUCAUACACAGUACUCCCUAAGUUUAGGCAACAAAAUUGUUUUCACUGUAAAUAUGUGAUUCAUUCCACUGCAUGCUGAAAGAGGUAAGUGCAUCUGCCAGAAGGUAAGUGUGCUUUUUACUUUAACAUGUACUUCUGUUUUUGAAUCUUCACUUUGUCUUUUAAAGUUGUUGCAUCCUGUGUCUAUUGCUGGAGAAUGGAUAUCAACUCCCUGACUGAAUAAUGAGGCAGAAUCAAUUUAUUUGCCUCUGAACCCAUAUGCCAAGCUUUCCAAUCCAUACAUGUAAUUUGUGGGUUAACAUUCUUUUCACGCCUUUGACAGUACUGCUCAUUUUAGUUGGUGUCAUACUUCCAGCUGUUUGCUUUCUCUUUUUGUUAUGGUUCCCUGUGGUCCAGUGGCCAUUACUGUAUUUUUUCCAUUGAUCUUUCAUCUGCAGCACGGGGACAGUGAGAAAGCAGCUUACCUCUCCUCCAGAUCUCUUGUGCUCACAAGUGUUAGAACCUUGGGUUCUUAACCUCAAGACUUGUUGGGACCAAAUAUGAGUAACAUUUUCAUUUCUGUAGCUCCUGGCACAAGUCUUGCUGCACAGCUAAUAAUAAGCUAUUUAAUUGUAUUUGGUCUGACAGUUAGCCCCUGUUCUAGAAUUUUCUGUCCAUCUUAAGGACUGCAUUUUUAGUAUGUGAAAAUACUGUUUUUCCAGUUUGAGUCCAUUACUUUAUCACUCUUGGGAAGACGUGCAGAGUAGUGAAGGUUUGUUUUUCUUACAAAAACUUGUUGAUCUUUCUGUAAAGUAGAGGUAAGUCCAUAUAUUGAUUGUUUUCAUGGUGUCCACCUCUCUUUACUUUCCAGUCAAAGUCAUUCUUUGGAAAAUACUUUAAGAUGAUCUCAAUAGGAAUGAAACCAGUGCAACUUAACACUUUACUUUCCUGUUGCUUUGUUGCAGUGCAGGGUGUUUGGUUUUUUGUUCCGUGUAGUUAACCUGUAGCCUCCACCCUUACCUCACCUUUCAAAGCUACUGACUCUUCUACUGAUGACUUGUUUAAGUCUGCAUGCUGUCUCAUCUUCUCUUAGCAAAAGGUGAUGGAUUAGUAAUGGUAGACGCUCCAAUUCUAGCUUAUCUCAAACAAUGUAUAUCUAAAAGUAAUAUAUUCAGUUAUAUCAGUUGUCUCACAGUGGAACUCGAGGCUCUUUUUUAUUGGAGAAGCUUAAGGCUUUUCUUUGAAAGGCUGCUAGGACAACUCAUAUUUUUGUUACUGUCAAAGGAACAUGAAUUGAGCGGUGGCCCCUCAAGGAAAUGAUGGCUACAAAUGCUUUGAUUGGAGUUUCAUACCAAUCUUAAGUUACUCUCCACUGCCUUGAGAACUUGGUUGCCACAGCUAUGCAUUUGACCAGUUCAGAAGAAAAAACAGUAUCCAGGAUUUGUAAUGUCGACUGUAAAGUUGAAUUAGCUUGUUAGAGUCUGUGAAUAUUCUCCUAUAAUUGCACAACAACCUGCUUGGCUCAAAUGGUCCUGUUAUUACAGGAUUUAGAUAAGAACCAUUUUUCCUUAUUCUAUUUAAGGUUCUCAGAUUGAUUUUAGUACAUGGGUCAAAAAGUUUUCCCAACUUCAUGUAAUGAAAUCUUUAAUAGGUAAUUGUAACAUGAUGAACCCAGAGGAUAAAGCUGGCACAGAGGAUCAUUCCUGUGGCAGAAUUUUCCUUAAUCUUAGCUGUGUAAUGUCAAUGUUCUAUGCACAAACCUGGAGAAAGAUGUUUUUGUUAACUGUUUGUAUCUGCUCAUUCUUGCGGGUCAUCCACUCCCAUCUACUUCCAGGAUAGAAAGCUGUUUUGAUAGUGUUGAGGCCUGCCUGCUUCUGUUGUCAUGUUUGGGUGAAGAGAGAUAAGUUAACUUACAUAUAUGUAUCUUUAGCUUGCUUUGGGUACUAGAACUCUCAAGCAAGCAGCAUUACGUUCCCUUGGUAAAAAUGUCAUCGUUCACCCAGAGUUACGUGGUGUUUCCUACUUACUCCUCAAAGUCCCUAACUUCUGCCACUUUUGAAAUGUAAGAAACAAGGCGAUUUUUGCCAUCCUUUCAACGGAGGAUCUUAUCUACUCUGAAUAAAGUGGUUAAUGCAGCAGUUCAUGUAAGAAUUGGAUCUGUUAGAUAACGCUAUCUUCACCAUUCCCUCAGUAUCAUGGGAGUGUUUUCUUCUAGUGGGUGUUUGCAUGUGUGAUGGGAGGUGGGAACUGUUUAAUAGUUGAUGUCAGGCCGAGUCUCUGCUCCCUUAAAUGAAGCAGUUACUUUUCCCUCAGGUUGUGUCUGUUGGAAGGUAUUGUUUAGAUCUCUUCUGCACAUUGUCAAAUGUAACAGGAACAGUAUGUUCUAACUAUUCAUUUUACUCCCUAGGGGUGCUACCUCUGCAGGGGAGGGCUUGGGUGUUGCAGGGGAAGAAAAUAAAGAAGAUGCAUUUGAUGUUUUCCGUCAAAGAAUGAUACAAAUGUACAGGCAGAAAAGAGCAAGUAAAUAGGUAUGUGCAAUGGACAAGUCUGGUUUGUGAAUUCCUGCAAACAUUAAAAUACCAGGUUUUUGAAGUCUUCUUUUGCCAAGAAAAUAUUGUUUCCAUGAGUAUAUCUGGCUUCUUAGCGUUUCAUGAAAACUCAGACCUACCUUGAACUGCUGAAUUACCCCAAAUCUUACUUUCUAGGUGUGACAUAAGAGACUCGCUCGUUAGAAAGUGCACGGAUAUGCAAAGGCUGCUGUGUGAAAGUCUUCGGCAGAGUGUGCCAGUAUGAAGAACGCUCUGUUCUAGAAUAGUGGAUUCGAACACUUACGUAUUAAUUUUUUUUCUUCCAAGAUUAAAGUUAGUCUUGUAUUUAAUAGUGCAAGCUAACAAGUUGGAUGCCCUCUUCUGAGGGAGAAACAACUGUUUUUGUUCUCGGAAGUGCCACUUUACCUCGGUCUUUGGCCAAGUUUGCCUGUUUUGCAACGAGGCGGCUUACUACCAAGAGAAAAAGCAACAUUGCCAUUACGACUAGCCUGCUUUGGCUCCGUUCCUUUUGGAAGCCAAGAACCUUCUCAAAUUAAAAACUUAUUACAAGGCAGUUCAGUUUAUACUUCACUACAUUUUGUUGAUGGGCUAAUCUUCUCAUCUGCUUUUCGAGUCUGCAUAAAGCAGUUUCCUUUCCUCCACACACCAGUUUCAAGAAGAAUCUCUACCCACCUGCUUAUUUUAUAUAGGAUUCUAUACUUGAAGUAUAGGAUGAAUAAGUGAGUUCAUCUGAGUCUGAGAACACUAAAAUCUUCCUUGAAAACAUUGGCUGCAAAGGUUUUCCAUUGCAGCAAGCAAGCAGUACAUGUUUUACGUGUACUUUUUGAUUUUACACAAGCUUGCAGCUCUUGUUCAACAAAUUCUUGAAUAAUAUCUUUCCUUCUCAAGGAAGUGUAAGCCGUGACGAGGUGUGAUUUGUGUGUUUGCAGAAAAUACUGAAGAAAAUACUUGGAAAUCAAAUAAAAGUCAUCUGGAAGUGGAUCAUCAGUUUUGUAAGACCAUCAGUUUAGAGAGUAAUUUCUGUUUCUAUUAAAUAUUGGCUUUGUGGAAGUUCUUUCAUUGAAAAAUCCCAUGAAAUGAGACAGAAAGCUUGUAAUUCCUGAGGGACUAUUUCAGAAUUUACUGAGAGAGAAGACUGGAUUAAUCUACUCUGCUUCAACAAAAAGCAGUUCCUAACUUCUUGGUGAAGAUAUGAAAGAUUUAGCAGUGUUACCACAAAUAAACGUUCCAAGUCUGAUCAUCCAUUUUUUCAGACAAGCACAUCAACAAGAGCUCUGUGACUGGAUUACUGAAAGUGGCAGAAUGUAAUGCACCUUUUUAGCAUACUUCUCCAUCUUUACCUUCCUAAAAUUAUUUAAAGUCUUCACUUGAAUGUUACAGUACCAAAACCUACUUCACUGAAGUUCUCUUUAAAGAGUUUAUCUUGAGCUGACGCAUGUUUUGCUUAUUAGGAGUCAGUGCUGUCUUGCUGAUGUUUUCAUCCUGCAUCGUGCUUCUUUACAGAGCAAAGAGCUUGUGCACUCCACCGUAGUGUGGCAGCAUCUCAAGCUCCUAACUGACAAAUACACAAGAAAAUGUGCUCUUCAGUUAUAAACUUGCCUGUGCCUGCUGUUUAAAGAACAACAUUAUAUUCUCUCCAUUAAAAACCCUGCUGGUUGAAAGGGAGUGUAUUGGUUUUCAUUCUAUAGCAACAAACUUUUUCUGGCUUGUAACAACCAUCAUCAAUGCAAGUUUUUUCCUUAUGGUAUGGGUUUGUGAAACUAAAAGAAACAAUGUUAUGUUGUGGUGUAAUUUUCUGAUCACUGUUUUAGUUGCUUUGAAGCACACUGAUUGCUAAAUAAAACCAUAAUGGCAGGUAUAGAAAAAUACCACACUGCUAGUUCUGUUUUUCCAUGAACAUCACUUGUCUUCACCUUUACGUUAACAAGAAGCUGAAGCAUGAAGACCGUAAAUACAAAUAAGUUUACCUGGUUAUCACAUUUGAUUAAGACAUUUGAUGAGCUAGAGAUUUCCUGUAGGCUUUGCUUUACUUGGAGAUGCUUUAAAUUCAUAAAUGUUUUGUAGCUACUUUAAAGGUCAUCAGUUAUGGUAUUUGGCAGUACCUGUUAAGUUCCCAGUUGGGUGUAUUCCUCACUGCCUCUCUUCUGUGGCUGGUUAGCAGUUAUGUAAUGUAAAACUUAGCCUAUCGAAAAGGAGAGUUAAUCAAUCACUGUCUGUUUUACAGUGACAGUCUGGAACAAAUGUUGUUGACUUCUGAAUUAUUUCUCAAAAGGGAUUAGUUUUUCUCUUAGUUUCAUUGAUGAAGCUGCCAGUUCUGCUGUUCACAAUUUUUAUUUCCUUGCAAACUUCCAGUUAACGUCUUCUUUAACAUUUACAUUUUGGUAGCGUUCUUGAUUAUAUGUUGCACUACUUGCAGAAAGGCACAAGGCAGUGUAGUUUGAAAUCCAGUCUCUCACCUGUAUCAGCAUUCUGCGCUGCUCUGAUUUAACCUGAGUUUGGGUGUAGUACCAUUUGGGGUGCCUUUGCUAAACACCUACUUGCCCAAUCUGGGAAAACUCUUGGUAUCCAGAUUGGAAAAUGGUACCUUCCUUUCAGAUUGCAGUUCAAUUUAGAGUGUAAUGCUGUCUUGAAACUAAACGUGAACAUUGGGAAAAUCUUAAUCUGCUACUCUGGAUGGCUGUAGUCAUAGUAUGGUCUAUCUUUCUUGUGCCAAACUUUAAUUUUGGACAAGAUAUCAACAGAGCAGUAUUGGUGCUUAUAUUCCAGUGUUGCUCUCACGUGAGUUACUAUUUGCCACUUCUAUCUUGUGUUACCAAGAGAUGACCUUAACGCUCCUUUUGCAAAAGGAAUUUCCUUUUAUUUUGACCUGCUUUUGCAGGCAGCUCUGAUUUGAAAAUUUAAAUAUGUACAUAUGAAACGUUUGUUAUGCAGAUACAUUGCCUUGUUGAAAGUUUACUAGCUUCUUUUCUGUUAUUUUAGUUCCAGGCUCUCUUCCAUGAAGACUGCAAGCUUCAGUGAACAUUUUAACUAACUUCAGUGGUGUGUCUACUGUCUUUUGUUUGGUUUUUUUGUUGUUUUGUUUUGUUUUAUUUUUUGGUUGGUUGUUUUUGUUUUGCCAUUAAUCUUGCAGAGCAAUUUGCUAGUUUCUGUUCUGUGCAAAUUGGCAGUAGUGUUUAGCUAGUAACGUUAGAUGCUUAUGUUAUUGGGUAACUGACAUUUCCUUUCAGUGUAAGUAAAGCUGUUAGCAUUGUUAAUCUUUUAAUAUCUGCAAUAAAUGUAGAACUAAACACUAUAUAGUUUAAAUGUUUUGCUUGUGAGUUUGGCCCUUUGUAAGAGAUAUGCAUCAUUUUUGGCACUAACAAGUGGAAUUGAGAUUAUGCAGUGUUAUAUUAAUGUAAAGCAGGAUUGUAGUGUGUGAGGGAAGGAAGGUCCCUCUGUUUCUGUGCUGCUAAAAGCUUCUGUUGAGAAUAGCCACUAAAUCAUUUCUUAGUUACUUCUUCACGUGGCUUCCAGUGUAUUAAACCCAUACACAGCAGUGUUACUCUCCACAUGAAUGCCAGAACCAUUGUGCUCCAGUUAGAAUGCCAGAGUUUUACCUUUUAUUCACAGUUGUUUCCAAUUUUCUUCGUGUACUGACUUUAAGACAGCAAAACCUUCUUUUUGCAUAUAUGUGUGUGGUUUAUUGUUGCCUUUAAAUUCGAAUUCCUUUUUUAGAUGAGAUAUGAGGAGGAAAAAUGCAGCAAACUGAAAUUUAGCAAUUGUGCAGCCACAUUCUAUUGAGAGGUGAAGUGAAAGUAUUUAUUUGCUAAGGAUAUGGGCUCGGUCUCCUGUCCCUUGCUUUUACACUGAUGACUAUGACAAAAUUUACUAGACACGCUCAAGUCCCAGCUCUAUCUUUUUCCUCUUUUUCCUCCUUUUCCUUUAAACACUUAUUACAUGUAAGGACUUGGUUCUAGAAGAAGGGAUGUUUGCUCUCAUUGGAGAUAAAUGAGGAGAUCGCUAUUUUGGGGAGGUGUUUUUAACAGAAUAAAAGAUCUAUAGUCAAUAAUACACCAUUUGGAGUAAUUGUGUUGAAAUAAUAUGAAUCUUUUUUUUUUUUUUUUUGUCUCUGAGGCUUUCCUUUGGUGUAAUAUCAGUGACAUUUUUCCUAUUUAUUGUUUGUUUUUUGACAACACUUCAUCGUCCUUAGUAUGAACACUUCAUCUGUGCUGAGAUGUUACUUCUCAAAAUCAAUGUACGGUACUUUUUUUCUAUUGAUACUCCGUUUUGCUUUAAAGUUCAUCUUGAUGUAUCAUGCUCAAAGGAAGUCUGGAUUCAGAAAUUCAAAUGUUAUUUCUUUGAAUUGUUUUCUAUGCUACAAGCAGGUAUAUUUUCUAAUUAAAAAUAAAUUCUUCAAA